UCGUAAUUUUUGGGUUCUUCAAAUUUUACAAAAAUCUUAAUGGUUGCCGACCAGGACCUGAGUUUCUUUGCCAACAUUCUUGGAAUUUUUAUUUUUGUACUUGUGAUUGCUUACUAUUGUGAGAUGUCAGAUUUCAAAUAUGAAGCGAAUUGA